AAGGGGCAGUGGUCUGCUCUCUCAGCAACAUGCUGUACUUCCUGCUUUUCGCCGCUCUGGUUCUGUAUGGACACAGUACCCAGGACUUUCCAGAAACUAAUGCACGGGUGGUUGGAGGUACCGAGGCCCAAAGGAACUCUUGGCCUUCUCAGAUUUCCCUCCAGUACCUGUCUGGAGGGUCAUGGUACCACACCUGUGGGGGGACCCUCAUCCGGCGCAACUGGGUGAUGACAGCUGCUCACUGCGUGGACAGCCAAAUGACCUUUCGUGUGGUCAUCGGAGACCACAACCUGAGCCAGAACGAUGGCACCGAGCAGUACGUGAGUGUGCAGAAGAUCGUGGUGCACCCCAACUGGAACAAAAAUAACGUGGCUGCAGGCUACGACAUCGCCCUGCUGCGCCUGGCCCAAAGUGUUACCCUCAAUAACUACAUCCAGCUGGGUGUUCUGCCCCAGGAGGGAACCAUCCUGCCUAACAACACUCCCUGCUACAUCACUGGCUGGGGCAAAACCAAGACCAAUGGGCAGGUGUCACAGACCCUGCAGCAGGCUUACCUGCCCACUGUGGACUACAGCAUCUGCUCCAGCUCUUCCUACUGGGGUUCCACAGUGAAGAGGACCAUGGUGUGUGCUGGUGGAGACGGAGUUCGGUCUGGAUGCCAGGGUGAUUCUGGAGGCCCCCUCCACUGUUUGGUGAAUGGUCAGUAUUCUGUCCAUGGAGUGACCAGCUUUGUGUCCAGCCUGGGCUGUAAUGUCUCCAAGAAGCCCACCGUCUUCACUCGGGUCUCUGCUUACAUUUCCUGGAUGAAUAAUGUCAUAGCCUCUAACUGAACAUUUCCUGAGUCCAGUGGCCUUCUCAAAAUGGUUCUGAGAUCUGCAAUAGGAUUUGAAGUCAACAAGAAGAUAGGGCUGGGUGUGGUUUAGUGUGGAGCACUUGGCUAGCAUAUUCAAGGUCCUGGGCUCCACCCCUAAUACUGCAAAGGAGGUAGAGGGGUCUUGGGGCUGUAGCUCAGUGACAGGGGCUUACCUAGCAUGCAAGAAACCCAGGGUUGGAUUUCCAGCACAGGGGUGAGGGGUGUUGAAAAAGAUUCUGAGACUGUUGAACCAGAUAAAGAGAGGCAAA